AUGGUUGAAGAUUCUAAGGUCAGAGAUGCCAUGAAAAAUGGUGAGAAGAAAGUCUUGCCGGCAUCAUUGGUCCCUCAAGCUCCGCCAGUGCUAACAUCGAAGGACAAAGUUACCAAGAGACUUAUUGUGGUGCUAUCCCAGGCUUCUUUAGAGACACAUAAAAUAUCAUCCAACGGUCCUGGUGGGGAUAAAUACGUCUUGUUGAAUUGUGAUGAUCAUCAAGGUUUGUUGAAGAAAAUGGGAAGAGAUAUAAGCGAAGCUAGACCCGACAUUACUCAUCAAUGUCUUCUAACCCUAUUAGAUUCUCCUGUAAAUAAGGCUGGUAAACUUCAAGUUUAUAUUCAGACCAGUCGAGGCGUUCUUAUCGAGUUAAACCCUACUGUACGAAUUCCAAGAACUUUCAAACGUUUCUCAGGUUUAAUGGUCCAAUUAUUGCAUAAACUAUCCAUCAGAUCAGUUAACUCUGAAGAAAAAUUGUUGAAGGUCAUUAAGAAUCCAAUUACCGACCACCUACCAACCAAAUGUCGUAAAAUCACCUUGUCCUUCGAUGCACCUGUCAUAAGAGUGCAAGACUACGUGGAAAAGUUGGAUGAUGAUGAAAGUAUAUGUGUGUUUGUUGGUGCCAUGGCCAGGGGUAAAGAUAAUUUUGCAGAUGAAUUUGUGGAUGAAAAGAUUGGUCUAUCCAACUAUCCAUUAUCUGCUUCGGUUGCAUGCUCCAAGUUCUGUCAUGGUUGUGAAGAUGUGUGGAACAUUAUGUAA